AUGGGUCUCGUUUUAUCUAUACCAUUUGUUUUACUCGCAAGAUUGAGCAAUUCAGAUGAUGACGAAAAUGAGGGUGCAACCAGAAGUGAUACAUCCUUCAUCUUUAGCUCCAGAAGUGGAGCAGCAACGUCAAAUUAUGGUACAGGCCCCAGCAAGUCUUUGCUUUUGGAGACUAAUUCAACUGCAUUGAAGAAUGGCACAUUGACAGAUUCGCCACUAAACGAGCUGGAAAGCCUUGCAAGUGUAGUAGUUCCAAUAAUAUUGGUAUCGAUUGGUUUGAUCUGUUUGUAUCUUGUUUAUAUUCGCAUUUUCGAAAGCUCCCCCAAGAAACUGUCUCAACAGCAACAAUAUCUCGUUGAUAGGAACAGGGUUCAAACUUCCGGUUACAAUUAUGAAGAAGCCACUUUCAUUGAAGCAAGUACCUUGCCACCCCCAGAAAAAGCAUAUUUAAAAAUGGAGGAUGUUGAAACACUUGUUGGAGAAGAGGAAUUUGAAUAUGAUGUGGUCGAUGAUCUUGAGUCUGUAAAGACCAAAUAUUAA